AUGGUAGCUCAAAGUGAAAUGACCACUUUGAAACUGUUACAGAAUAAUAGCACAACAGUGAAGAUGGAACGUACUGAAGGAAGACAGGCGCUAUUUCACAUGGAACACUGCAUCAAAGAUACGGUUGGUUUUCUGUCGAAACACAUACCCUUCUUACUCAUGAAAAACGAUCCACAUGAGAUAUUCAACAGUAAAUGGAAUUAUGUGGCUAUCGCUCUCAUACAGAAAGCUCAAUGUUUUUCUUUAGAACCAUUCCCUAAUCCAGUAUUUUUAAUGUGCCUAGAAGAAGAGUCUACGAAUCAUUUUAAUAGCUUUUCAUCUCAUUGA